AGUGGAUAUUAUUCGUGCUGCAACAAGAGGGUCAUUCCGUCCGGAGCCGGAGGGAGGACGCGCGAUUACCGACACAGCGGUGCAAAUCGUUGAAUCCUUUCCCAUCCUAUUCUUACCGGCUGUAUAAGCAUGACCAGCAAGGAAAGUAAACCGGUCGCCUUAGACGCGCGGGAGCUUCACUCCCUGCUCAGUACGUUCGGGAGGUACGGACCGGCGCUGGCUUUGGGCAUUAUUGUCAUGCUGUCCGUGUGGGCUCUGUUCAUCAUCCUGCACAGAACUGCGAGGGGUCAAAGAAGGAAAAAGAACGAAAACGCGGAGACGGAGUCGAAGCAGAGUGAGACAAAGGCAAGAAAAUUAGAAAGUCGUUUCACAGAGUCAACAGAUAACCUUAAGAAUAAUGGGGGAGAAGUACUCGUGUCUGAAGACAUUAAUGAGGAACCUGGUGAAGAUGCAUCAUUGCCAAGAGAGGGAAAAGGUCCUAAUCUCUGUGAUGGGGUCUCUGAUGAGCAAGAACAACCUGACACGGAAGAAUGUCGUUCUGUUUCUGAGCCUCAUGACCACGUGAUCUCACAAUCCCGUAGCCAUGAAGAAUGUACAGGAGAUCACAAUCAAGACCUGAACAGGCAUCAUGUCCACCUUUGUGACCACCCUGUCCUUAAUGACCGUACUGAAUACGUCAGUAAAGAAGAUGUGAAAGGACAUUGGAAUGACCAGAACAAACAUGAGGCAGACUAUCCUGAUCAUGUAGAAGCAUAUACAAGCACUCAUAAGGAACAUGCGCAUGACAAUCACCAAUGUCUUGGGGAACUUGCAAGUAAACCAGAGCUGCAUUUAGGCCAUCACCAUCAAUGUAUUAAUAACCAUCAGGAGCCUCUUAGGAACCAUUGUGACUGUGACGUUACGACAGAGAACACGGCAGAAUCUCUGUGUACCAACAUCAACAACUGGCAGGAAGUGAACACACAGAAGUUAUGUAUCACGGAAGCGACCAUGAGCAACAGUGAUGAAUAUCUUAAUGACUAUCACGAAGAAGCAAGUGUCACUCAACACAAGCAGAGUGAUCUGUCAGAGGGCAUAAGUGAUGGUUCAGGGUCUGAGGACAAGAUACAGGACUUGGACUACAGCAGCAGCCAACUGGACAAGACCUGCAAGGUGACAGAGAAGGAAGUCAUUGACACAACCUUGAACAAGCAUCAGGACACUCUCAAUGACCAUGAACAUCUGAGUCUCCAGCAUGAAGGGCUUGGCAGUUGUCAUCGUGGCCUCAGCUGUCACCAUGAGCGUGAGAGCGACCACCUUCAGCAUGUGAGCAGCACACCAGAGGCUGCUGAUGUCACAUCUGAGACGAAGACCCCGGACACCACUGUGAACAGGUUGCUGGAGGAGAGCUCCAACAGAACAGAAAUAAAUAUCAUGGAAGCAACCAUGGACAACAACGAGUGGAUGGAUGCCAGCAGUGUGGAGAUCGUGAAGGAGAGCAGCUUUCCUGGGGUGAGCCUAAAUCAUUUGGGUGAUGGAGAGCUGGAAGAGAAGAGCCUAGAGAAGACGGCUGACAGCAGCUUUGCUAAAAGUGAUAUCCCAAAGGGGUCCGGCACCACCGCUUCGCUCGAUGGCGACCCCAUGAGUAAGAGGGUGGUAGCUGUGCAACCGAUUCCCCAAACAGUGGGCGUCAGCUUCUGUGUGCACUACAUUACCCACUCACCCCUGCAGCUGCUGGCUGUGACAGGGAACCAGCGGGAGCUGGGAAGCUGGGAGAACUUCGUUCUGCUCGGGAGGGCCAAGGAUGGGUUCUGGGCCAGCUCCGUCACCCUCCCUGCGGACUGCCAUGUGGAGUGGAAGUUUGUGCUGGUGGAGAAUGGCAAGAUCCACCGCUGGGAGGAGUGUAGCAACCGUCACCUGCAGACUGGCUAUGAGGAAGCGAUCCACCUCCACAAGUGGUGGGGUUGUGUCUGA